AUGUCCCUCCAGGUCAACGACCCACGGUCGCGCACCCGUUCCAGGUCGCCCGGCCGCAGCCGUGAGCGCUCCCCGCUCGCGCGACAGUCGCUUGCCGGAUCCCUCGCCCUCCCGCGCGCCGCGCUCGCGUUCCCCGGCAGUCGAAAUCACCCCCGCUCUCCGCGAGGUUAUGGCUCCGACGAUGAUGCCGAGCUCGAUCGCAAGUACAAGCUGGUGAAGGAGAGCCGGUCGCGCGAGUCCGACGAGCCUCGGAGUAUCGUUUCCCGUGCGCCUCGCAGCCCAGCGCGAUUCGAUGUCGACCGUUCUGAUUCCGAGGACGAGUCGAAGAGGCGUCGGGACCGGGACCGGGACCGGGACCGAGAACGCGACGUAGAGAAGGUAUCGCAACGGCGCCGUGACGAUCGUUAUGAACAUUCGGAAAAUGAGGACGAUCGCGAUGUGAGGAUUAUCCGGCCGCGAGAUUCGCGAGAUCCAAGGGAUGCGCGGGAGUCGCGAGAGUAUACGAGCCGCUCGCAUCAGCGUCGCCCCUCCUCCCCUCCUGGCCGCGAUUCUCGCCACGACGAUUCGGAUGAGGACUCAGACGAUCAUCUGGCAUAUGGAGAUUCUCCAGGGGCUCAUCCAAGCUAUGCCCGGCCAAACAAAUAUAAGUAUGCGCAGCCGACGCAUUACAUUCAUGCUCAACCAGUCGCACCACGCCAGCCGAUUCAUGCCGACCCACCGUCCGACUGGGCUUCUAUCCCGGAAAGCGAACGCCCAGGCUUUGUCCCGCCUUCAUCGGAAGCUGGUGUACCAUCCACAAUGCCCGGUGGAUUCCCAACGGCAUCUACCUAUGCUGAGGUUCCUGCCACCACGGCUCCCACGUUUCCAAUGCCUCAGUAUGCCGGCCUGCCCGCGCAGCAGCCGAUUCCGUAUGCACCGAGCUCCUCUGGUGCUUAUACUCCAUCGCAUUAUCGCACUGCCUCUGCUAGCGACGCUGCGCAUCCCACGUACGAUCCGCAUCCAGGUUAUGCACGACCAGCCCACUAUCAGUACGCUCAAGUCGAUCCUCAUGUUCGAUAUACGUCCAAGGCAACUCCGGUCCAACCCUAUUCGGUGUCGCCUCAGGAGCAGUUCAAAAAACCGCCUCCUCCAGAGCAACAACCUGUCUAUCCAUAUAGGUAUAGCCGCGAUCCUCAAUUUGUAGAGAAAUCGCAACCGCAGCAGCAACAACAACAUCACCCAGCUCCGCAGCACCCGCAGCAUCAACCCCAACACCUCCACCAGCAACAAGUUGUGGAAAUCACCCCGGGUGGUGGACGAGGUCGUCCGCAUAGUCUAUCCGUGUCGUCUGGGAAUAACCUCGCUGUAGCUGGCGCGCACAGUACGCACGCAGGCCAUCACCCGCCGGCAAGCCCGCUGCUUGAAGCCUACCGUGGUACUUACCAGACGAUCUCUCCGAUGCCUUCCCCGAUUGUGAUGCCUUCGCGGGACGACGACAUCUCAGACUUGGAGCCGCUGGACGGAGAUACUUCGAACUCCGAAACGAGACGGCGCAAGAAACACACCCGCUCCAAGUCCUCUACCAGUGGGAAAGAAUCUCGUCCCCGUAGUAGCAAGGAGAAGAUUGAAGAAAAAGAAAAAGAUGACAAGCGUCGCAGUCGAACCUCCAUCCCCGAAGAUGGGAUGAUCGUCAUCUCGCCCACGACUGGUCGCAAGCGCGUGUCCUUCUACGACGCUGGCGCGGACGCAUCCGCCAUGCAGUCCGCCCUGAAUCACGCUCGCAACAUCGACAACAAGACCAUCAUUCAGGUCCUACCUCGGCUCACCAGCGACGAGAUUCUGCUCCUGCGACAGGAAUACAAGAACAAGGUCAAGCUCCACGGAAAAGGUAUCAACCUCGCCAAACACCUCCGCCUCAAGCUUGGCAACUCCUCCUUCGGCAAGGUUGCCUAUGCCACCGCCCUUGGCCGCUGGGAGUCCGAGGCCUACUGGGCCAAUUGCUACUACCAGGCUGGCACCUCGCGCCGCGAGCUGUUAAUUGAGUCGCUGAUCGGCCGCUCCAACGCCGCCAUCCGGGAGAUCAAGGCCUGCUUCCGCGACACCCGCUACGGCGACUCGCUCGAACGCUGCAUGAAGUCUGAGCUUAAGGCCGACAAGUUCCGCACCGCUAUCAUGCUCGCUCUCGAGGAGCGCCGCCAGGAUGACCGAGAGCCGUUGGAUCCCCGUCUCGUUCGCCAGGACGUCCAGGACCUGCACCGCGCCCUGAUCUCCCGCGAGGGUGGCGAAACAGCUAUGGUCAAUAUCAUCGUCGUCCGAAGUGACCCGCACUUGCGCGAGGUACUGCACGAGUAUGAGGAUAUCUAUCGGCAGAACUUUGCCCGCGCGAUGAUUUCCAAGUCGCAGAAUCUGGUGGGCGAAACCCUCGCGCACAUCCUGAACGGCGCCAUCAAUCGCCCCCUACGCGACGCUCUGCUCCUCCAUCAAGCCGUCCGCGAGUCCCGCACCGGCCGCGAGCGCUCCGAGCUGCUUAUCUCCCGCCUAGUCCGCCUGCACUGGGAACCACGCCACUUGGAGCAGGUCAAGACGGAGUAUCGGCGGCGCUAUGACGAGCGCCUGGAGGAGGCGAUUGCCGAAGAGGUUAUGUCUUCCAGCACGGGCAGCGACUGGGGCGAGUUUUGCAUCGGGCUCGCGCAGAUUUCGACGUGA